UCGCUUAAUCUUUAUCUUGGUUGAUGAUGUUCAUGCCGAUUUUAUGCACAAUACCGCAGGGAUGGCUGCUAAUAUCGGACGUAUGAGCUCAAAGACUAGAGAGGCAAGAAAGAGAACGAUUGCAGCAGAAGGGAUCAAUGAGCUGUCAUUAGAAGCUAUGGCGCAGAAAGUGUAUAUUGAUGAAGAAGCUUGUUAUAUUGUCAAGUCUUUCACAACAGAAGUUGUAUACGGUAUAUCAAUUGAGCAAGGAAUGAUGACUGCAUGUAACUGUAUAGACUUUCAACGAAAUAAGAGUGUCUGUAAGCACAUGUAUUUGGUUUAUCGCUUCGAUAAAAGUUGUGUGGUUUACAGUCAAGAUAGAUUGUCACGAUAGUAAUAAGAGAAAUGCUACAGUGUACUUACGACAUUACCUAGAAAUUGAUUCUAGCUUGAGAGUUCAUACCAUGAACAAGACAACACUU